AUGUCAGGACCAUCCAAGUUUGCCCCGCAAUGGGAAGGUCCAUUCGUAGUCAAGGAAGUACACAGCAGUAGCUAUUAUCGCUUGAUCUCUGUUAAGGAAGGCAUGCUAACGGAUCCCAUCAAUGGAAAAUGGCUCAAGCCCUACUACUGCUAA